AUGAAAAUUACAGUGGAGCCGGCCAUCGCGUGCGACUCAGCAGCCCUUUUGAUAAAUAUCCGACAAUUCGAUAAGUACAGAAAAACUCUGCUGUGGUUUAGUGGCGCCAUAACUCUAAGGGAAGAUGAUAAUGGCUAUUACUAUCUAUCUCAAGAAGUCAACCCAGCUGAGUGUCCUAUAGGCGAUUUAGACAGAUGUCAUGUUCCUAAGUAUCCGUGGGUCGUUAGUAUUCUUAACUUCAUUUUUAAAAGUAACAUCGACUUUGAUUGUGAGGCGCAUGGAAAUGAUGAAACACAUUUCGAUUUCUCCUCUCUGUCGUCUAUCAAGAAUGAAAUAGUAGACAAGUGGGGGAUCGGUCGAGUUUCCUAG